UAAUGACCGUUUCGGUUCUCGCAACCUUGGGUUUGAUUGAUGCAGUGGAGGCAGAGGAAGAGGAAGAAGCAGCUGGCAUAGGAUGCAUAUUCCGACAAGAAUCUCAGCACUGCCUCUCUUUCUUCCCUUCCGAGGUGCCAUUUCCUUCCACACAACCCUUCUCCCUGUCAGUUCCCUCUCAUUCUCACUGUCUCUUUCUCUCUAUUUUACGUGUUUUUCUUUUAAACUUCAAUAUAGCAUCGUGGCUAAAAGUACUUCCUGUUGCAUUUACUAUCAAAAUCUAAACUUAAUGCGUCAUUGUCUUCAGAGAAUACUUACACUUUUUCCUUAUUAUCUUCGGGGAUUCACAAGUUCAUCAUUUUCACCUCAUUUGCAACCUGGUAGUGGCAGUAGAAAGCUGAGAAGAGAUUUUCCAAAGAACAUGGCCUGUGGUUUGGAUAACAAGACAGGAACUGCUUUAUUUCGCCCUGCAACAGAUGCGUACGCACCUGAGGCUGUUGAAGCCUUGAGAGCUGGCAAGGUUAUUGCAGUCCCCACUGACACACUCUAUGGAUUUGCUUGUGAUGCUUGCUCGUUGGAAGCAGUUAAUAGGAUUUAUGAGAUCAAGGGUCGAAAACAUACAAGCCCUCUGGCUAUCUGUGUUGGAGAUGUAUCAGACAUAUGCCAUUUUGCCGUGACUGACCACUUGCCACAUGGCCUGCUUGAUUCCCUCCUUCCAGGGCCUGUUACAGUUGUACUAAGUCGAGGCGAUUCAAGUGUUCUUGAACAAUCUUUGAACCCGGGAUUUGAUAGUAUAGGAGUUAGAGUGCCUGAUAACAAUUUCAUUAGAGUCAUUGCUCGCGGUUCAGGAACUGCCUUAGCACUUACAAGUGCAAACCUUAGUGGACAGCCAAGUAGUGUUUGCAUCAGAGAUUUUGAGAAUCUUUGGGAGCAUUGUGCUUUUGUAUAUGAUGGCGGUGUGCUUCCAUCAGGUCGAGCAGGUUCAACAGUUGUGGACCUCACUACACCACACAAAUACAAGAUACUGAGACCUGGAAGCGCAAAGGAAGAGACAAUUGCCAUCUUGGAAAAGCAUUCUUUAGUUGAAUCAGCUGCCCAGUAAACAAGGGUGAUUAUAUUUAAUUAUUUAUUCGUAUGCAGUGCCACGUUCAAGGCCUCAAUUGUAUUUGCUUGGACAUGUGAGAAAUUAUGACCAAACACACUUAAUGUGAAUAUUGAAUCUUAAGCUUCACAU